GGCACUCUGGAAACUGUAGUCCCCCGCGCGCCGCGCGCCCGCGAGCCAAGAGCUAGGUUUGGGGGAGUUCAGAGGACCCCCUCGACGGGACGGUUCCAGGUCUGGGAGGCCAGCCGCGCUUCGUGGCCCCCCAAAUUUCUAUGGGAUCGAGAGGAGAAGCGAACUGGCUUUUCGCAAGCGCCCACUGAUUUGUUGUCUGAAGACCGAGAAGGUGAAGCGGCAUUAAGCACGGAAUCCGCCCCGCAACUAUCCCGCCAGGCUGCUCUGCGAGCGCCCGCUUUUCAGUGGGGACGCCCGGCAGGCGAGGGCACCAGCCCGGGGCUACACAUCCUGCCCGCGGAUCCGGUGCGGGUUCCGCAGCGCGGUGCUGCCUCCUACUGCGCGAAAUGCUGCGCCCUUCGGCCGCGAGCCUUUGGCUUAAAGAGCACCAGGAUGAAACUGAAGCAAGGGUCGUUUCUGUGGUACCUCUAUCUGGACAAACUAUACUGCUUACUCUCCCUGAGAAAUGUGAAGGCCUUGCUGGAAUACUUUCACCUUCUCGAUGUGCACAGAAACAAUACCUUGAACGACGUGCUGUUUUAUCACUUCCUUCAUCAUGUGACCAACUUGAACCGGAGACAGAUCAUGACUGUGUUUAACAUGCUGGACUGGAAUGCUGUGGGCGAGAUCGGCUUUGACCAGUUCUACAUGCUGGUCUGCAUACUGCUGGCACACCAGAACCACUUGGAAGAACAAUUUAUCUUCCGCCAUUCCCGACCUGUUUUUGAGCUGCUUGACCUGAAUGGGGAGCUGAAAAUUGGUGUCGAAAACUUCCACAUGUACAAGUUUCUCUUCAAUAUUAAGAAAAAGGACCUCCGAGAGCUCUACCACAACUUUGACAUCACAGGUGACUGUGUAAGUGCAGAACCCCAAAGUGUGGUCUGGCAGCCUCUCCAUCCAAAGGCAGAGGACAGUGUCUUACCACCGACAGAAGAGAUAAGUGAAAAGAAAGGUGGGAAACCCUGGUCGAGUGUGGCAUGCGCUGGGAUCAGAAAAAACGAGAGAUUUACAGGCCUGUGGAAGGGACAGGACUGAAUAACUAAGAGCUGCAUCCCACGAUGUGGAUACAAAAGUACAGAAGCUUAGAGAAAGAAAUCUGCUUACAAGUUUAGAGAAGGAAAUAUAUUAAUAUGGCAGGAGUUGGUGAUGGGGAAGAGCAUAUAGAGUAAGUAGAAAGGAAAAAUUCUAUGAGGGGAACACGAGCAAAAUUCUAAGAGACAACUCAGGUGAAGACAGUGAAUGCUGCCUAUGUAAAGAGGAAGUCCAUGUUGGGGGAGCAAGGCAGAGCUAAGGUUGAAAAAGAUGGAUCACACUGUGAAGAACCUCGGGUGCCAGCCCGAAGCGUCUAGACUUGAUGUUGUAGAAGAAAAUGACUCUUGGUUCCUUUAGAGUCUAUAAUAGACUCUCUGUUCUGGCUUCUAGACUACAAUCAGAGGAUAAUUUUGCCCUAAUUACUGAGACUCUUUAAGUUUCCAAGUUUUUAAAUGAGAAAUGAUUACAAUCCUGCUGUCAUCUGACACAAAGUAUCAAAUCCUUCCUACAAUAAUUUUUCUUUUUUUCCCCCCAACAAAAGCGUCUAACUUACAAGGAAUUUAAGCUGUUCACUAUCUUCACAAUGGACAAA